UUUUAGGUAUCCUGACCUCGUGGCUUCGAAAUUGUAAAAUUUACAGAACCGUCAUGAUUUCACGUCAGUGGCACACACUUUCUAAACGACUUGCGUCUACUAGUAUGCCUGCUCGAAACGCUACCAAUUUCACAGAAGAGAAGAUAUCGCGCUUGCCAAAUGGAUUAACAGUUGCUUCUGUGGAUCUUGGCGGUCCAAUCGCGCAACUAGUAGUGGCUUAUCGAGCAGGAACUCGAUAUGAAAUGCCUGAUGAAGCAGGUUUGGUUCAUCAUAUUAGGAAUUGCAUCGGAGGUGAUUCUCCAAGAUAUUAUGGUGCUCAGUUGCUUUGGCAAUGUGGUUCCGCGGGUGCUACUGUGAAUGGAAUAAUGACACGCGACUUGCUUGCAGUGCAAAUGUCGGUGAUUAGAGAUCGUGCGCCUUUAGGAUUAUCUUUAUUAGGAGAAUUGGCUCAACCAGCAUUUAAACCAUGGGAUGUUGUGGACUUUAAAGAAACACUGAGGGUCGAUCGCAAUUAUCUUAAAGCGUACGAUAAGCUUAUGGAGGAUUUACAUGACGCGGCUUUUCGAAAUGGUUCUCUUGGAAAUUAUUUAUACGCGAAUGAGGAAACUGUUGGCAAAUUCAGUCAUCGCGAAAUGGAAAAAUUUGCAGCUUCGCAAAUGGUGACCGGGAAUGCUGUGCUUGUAGGAGUGAACAUUCCACAUGACCAAAUAUUAGAUUAUGCGAGCAGUCAAUUCACGUUGUCUGAAGGGAGUUCAAUUUCACCAAAACCGUCUCCAUAUUAUGGCGGAGAAAAACGCCAUAAAAGUUUAAUGAAUGAAGCUCAUGUUGCCAUUGCUGGCAAAGGAGCUUCUUUGAAAAGUCGGAAGAGUUUAGCCGUGCAAGCAGUUUUGAGUGCUGCCAUUGGUCAAGGUGCUGCAGUAAAGUAUGCUGCGGGUGUUGGACAAGGAGCAGUAACAAAAGCAGUUUUUAGAGCCUCAUGUGGUUAUCCGUUCGGCAUCUCUGCCAUAUCGGAAGUGUAUGCAGAUGAAGGGCUUGCCGGUAUUUAUAUUGUCUCCAAAGCAGAUCACAUCGGCCCUCUUUGUGAUGCAGCAAUAAAAGCCUUAAAAUCAUUCACAAUCGACGAUUCUGCAUUCCAAACAGCGAAAAAUAUGGCUACGAUGAACAUUCUAAACCGAGCCGAAUCAGCUGAAAAUGUGGCACUGGAUCGCGCUGCGCAGAUUCUUGCAACUGGUGAAGCAGAGACUGUUUCUGAUUUAUUGCGAGAGGUAGCGUCCAUCACCAUGGCCGACAUUGCAAAGGCAGCAGACCAAAUGAAAUCGAAAUUAACGCUUGCUUCUUAUGGAAAUAUUUACCAGGUGCCCUACCUCGAUCAGUUGUAAAAUGCGGUAUAAAGUUGGUGAAGUAUUCACCGCAUUGAGCAAAAUCGAUGUGUGAAAAAGAGCAGAAUUUGUAUUGUAAACUUAGUCUUCUUCGAUUCAGUUCAUUUGAUUAGUGAUAUUAAUUUUUGAAAUAUUGUAUGGAACCGAAAUGUUGCUUUCAACCAACUAAUUUUCUUGAAUUUCAUUCUGUUUUUUUUUCUUUUUUGGUGUAUUAUCUCACACUAUUCAGCUAGGUCAUUUCGGGCGCUCACUGCAAUGCGUUUGAAUUAAUUCUGUUAGAUUCAUUUCAUCAUUUCCAG